AAUCAUAUAUAAAGACUCUGACCGACCCGAAUCAGAUAUCAGUCAACGUUCGCUCUGGGCCAGACAGAAAUCAGCAAAAAUGUUCAAGUUUGUAACGAUCCUUGCCCUUCUGGGAGUGGCCGCUGCCCUUUCCCCCGCCACCCUUUCCCGUAUUUCCGGAGGUGAUGUCCACGCCGAUGUGGUUUCCCGCUCGGAAGAUGUCCGCGCCGACGGAUUCGAUGCCAGUCUGCAGACCACCAACGGAAUCCAGCAGUCCGCCAGCGGAGACGUCCAUGGCAACAUCCACGGCAGCUUCGGCUGGAUCUCCCCCGAGGGCGAGCACGUGGACAUCAAGUACGUGGCUGACGAGAACGGAUACCAGCCCCAGGGUGCCUGGAUCCCAACCCCACCUCCAAUCCCAGAGGCCAUUGCCCGUGCCGUCGCCUGGCUGCAGUCGCACCCCCCAGCUCCCGAGCACAACCGUCAUUACUAAACUCCACUGCUCCGGACCCGGAUCGCUCCACGGACUGUUCUCUCGAUACCUAUGCACCUAGCUGUUUAGCUGUACUUAUUGACUUUCAAAAGAAUACAUGCACUUGCUUGAAAUAGUA